AUGGGCCACGGUGAUAAAGGUCCACCAGAGAUCUCACUGGAACGCCUGCGCAGUCUGCCGGAUGAAGAGCGAGCCGGCAAGCUGGAUCAAGAAGUGGUGGAGAGCAUCCUCUACACGGCCACGGGGGAGAAUGGGGAAACUGGGGAGGAGGUGGAUUUCGAAAGCUUCUGUGUGGCCUGCCGCCUGGUUUCGCAGAUGCAAGAACUCGGCACCUUUGCUUCCAUUGCAGACGUCCCGGGCAAGCCUCCCUACUUCGAGGAGGCAGCAGAGGCAGAGCAAACCCCGACUGGCGAGUUUGACUUUGAAGGGGUUGCCCUGGGCAUCAACACAGGUGCAGCGGAACCGACAAGCAUUCCGACAGGGGUGCUGGAUGUGGACGCCCCGAUCAGAGGUACCGAGGAACACCACGAGUCGUCUCGUGGCACCAGCAACACUUUCUCUCAGAGGUUUGCCGGAAGCUCGGCUGCUAUGGAAGCGAUCCUCAGUCGGGCGCAGCCUUCCGAUCCCAGGCUGGUCCGCCUGGAAGGCGAGCUGGUGAAGUGCCGGAAGGAAGUUGAAGCCUACCUGGGCGAAAAGACUGCCUGCUCUCCACCGAGCAGCAAGCAGAUGACCCUUGACCCAUGUACUUCACCUACACAGGCUGACUUCUACAAGGCGGUCAGCGACGGCAAGCCAGACUUGGUGAACACCUUAAUUCGUUCCCGGGCGGAUCCCACACAGCUCGACAAAUUUGGUCGGACGGCUCUGUUUGUAGCAGUCUUGAAUGCACGAACGUUAGCCAAUGGUCCCUCUCUUGAUGAUUCCCGCCGUUACAUCGACAUCCUCCUCAAGUCCGGAUGCCGAUGUGAUUGGGUGGACAAGGACGGCUUUGACAUUCGGAAACACCUGCAGCAGCUACUGGAUUCCGUCGACAAACACCGCUGCAACAUUCCAAAGCUCUUCCUCCCCCUGGACACUGCGCACAAUGGCGUGCAGACGUGCACGAAGACACCUCAGGAGGUGGUGGCUUUGUGGAGAACCAGCAAACCUUGCGAUGUUGUUCGACUUCUCCACGAGGUGUUGAGCCAGCCGAAGCCGGAGGAGGUCUUGACGACCUUGGAGCAGCUUCGAGACUUCGCAGCGGGCGCCGGACUCCCCGACCCGCUAACGGGUCGAAGCUCCCUGCAUGUGGCCGCGCUCUAUGGCCACCAGGAGGCUGUGGCGAUUUUGCUGCGACACAGGUGUGACCCGUUGAAGACCGACAUCCUUGGCAGAACAGCCCUGCAUGUUGCUGCAGCGCGAGGGCAUGUGGAAUGCAGCAGAACCAUUCUCCGCCAUUGGUUUCAGGACGGUGGAACCAGGGCCCUCCUCGCAAAAGAGGACCUCUUUGGCGACACGCCUUUGAUCGCAGCGGAGAAGAACGCACAGCACGAGGUUGCCUCCAUCCUCGAGGAUGCGGAGACCCCGCGGCUCUGGAUGCUCUGUGAAGAGGAGGAGGAUCGAAAAGAUGGCGAAGAUGCGAAG